AUGAGGAGUAGGUUAUCCAAUGAUUCGGAUUGGAAAGAGAAGAUUAAGCACAACUCCAUUGAUGCUUUCAUUUCUAGAAAAGAACAUGAAUUAGUUGUUCAAAAGUAUGAAAACGAUGCAAAAGAUCAUAGGGAGCGUUUUAAAGAAUGUGAAGGGUUGCAUAUCGAGAUCAAAACAUUAAAACUUGAAACUCAAUCUUUAACUGAACAAUUGAAUCAAGAAAUGCUUAUAAGUGAAUCAAAAAACUCAGCUUUUCAAAAAUUACAUGAAUUUAGUGAAACUUCAAAGAGAAAUUUUGAUGAGGAAAAAUUAAAAUCAGUUGCUAAAGAUAAGAAAAUUAAUGAAUAUGAAAUAAAGAUUAAAGAAUUAGAGAAUAAACUAAUGAGACAAAGUACACAACAAAAUCAAUCAAGUAUAACUGAAAUUAUAUCAACCCCAAAGAAUAUAGAAGCACUUAGACAGCAACUAAAUGACCAAAGUAAUCAAAUUGAAAAUCAAAAUUAUGAAAUAAAAAGACUUGAAGACGAGAAAGAAUUUCUUCGAGAGGAAUUAAACAAAAGUUUAAAACAAGGUAGUACAGAACCAAUUUUGAUACAUGAUGUCAAUAAUAGAGUAAAAAAGAAGAAGAAAUCACAUCGAAAGAAAUUCUCAAGUUCUAAGAAAUCACACAAGAUCAGUAUAAAUUCCAAUCAAACCCCAAUCAUCCAUUUUCAUUUAGAUUCUAAAAAGAAGAAACCUAAAUUGGACCUUGAUAUUCAAAAUCAACCACAUAAUGAACCAAUUACCCCAUUGGAUUAA